AUGGCGAAGUUGAAGUUGAAAGUUGUUCUUGUUCCUAUACAAUUUUCAGAUGUUCCGUCUUCAAAUCUAGAUUCUAGUCAGAGUAGAAGAUUUUUGCACUUGGCAGACUCAGAUUCAGAUUUAGGUAAAGUAUGUGAUGAGCUUACAAAAAGAUAUGCUAAGCUUUAUCCUGAUGAUGAUAAGUUAGCUAUAAUGAGUCUUCAGGAUGAUGAUAGAUGUGAUUUAGAUCCAGAUUUUGAAGCAGGUGAAGCAUUAAAUUCUGGGGAUAUCAUUAGAGUGAUUGUGGAAAACGAACUUCAAAAUUUGAGCAAUCAUACUACCUUCAAUCAGCUGCUGAUGAUUGCAGCUGAUAGCACACCAGCGGUAAUGAGAUUAGUUGACUUGAACAAACAGACCCAGAGUACUCCUAUUUACCCACCUGCACCUGUACUUACUCAGGAUUCUACGUUUCCGACCAGUAGUCGUAAGCGAACUAAGGAGUAUUUUGAUCUGACAGAUACAAAUAUUCCUUCAAAACAUGCGAGACGGACAGUUUGGUCAUCGAGGAAUGAAUCGUUUAUAGAGCCUAAGGUGCCUGUUAUUCCUUUAACCCCACAAUUAAAUGUUUCGAAAAAACGCAAAAAUAAUUCAUCACCUCCUAAGACUCAAAAUCUGGAUAUAGAGGAUAUUACUGAGACCAAUAUUUCUUUACCUCCACCAGACAUUGGUGAUGAUCGUUCAAUUCCGCAGAAAAAGAGCUCCUCUACGAAACCAAAUGAAGAAGCUUUGCCCGGCAACAAACGUAUCACCUCUGGUAUGCUAAGUAUGCCUACCCAUGCGCAGUUAGAGAAGGAAGAAAUUCGUCAACCAAAAUUAAGUAAGCCUAGUAAACAUUACCUUUAUUCAAGAGCUUUAUACUCUGAUAUGGGGGGAUCAGAGACAACAUCUUCAGAUUUAGACUCGGAUGAAACCAGCUUAGAUUUUAAAGACAAAAGUCUUCAAAUAGGGGUAGAAAAUAUAUCGAAAGAUGAUGAAGUGGAGGACAGACCGCUUGCUUCAUUAUAUGAAGAAACCAUUAAAAACUCACCUAGUAUCCAAGAGGAAACUUUAACAAAGACUGAAAUUAUGAAUCUUUUCAAGAAUGGUAUGAAGAUUCCAGCAAGAUUACAAAAUAAGUCACAAAACGAGUCAGCCAGAUCUAGAAACUUGUCUGCUUUAAUGAAAAACCUUGAAAUUGACAUGGUUGACAAGAACCCCGUUUUAUCAUCAGAACAAAAACGGGCGACGAGGGCUGCAGCCAAAAGGAAGACAAGAACAGCUUUAAAGAAGGCUCAGACAAGUAAAAUUGCUAAUCCAGACAGUAAAGAUUCUAAUCUUAUGACUUCCCUUUCUGGUUCGCAGAAAGGUGCUCAUUCGAAAAGUUCCCAUCCGAAACGUUCGGAAUCGAAAAGUCCUGAGCGGAAAAGUUCUGAGCCUAAAAAUUCUGAACCAAAAAGCUCUGAGCCAAAAAGCUCUGAGCCAAAAAAUUCUGAGCCAAAAAAUUCUGAGCCAAAAAGUACUGAACCAAAAAGUACUGAACCAAAAAGUACUGAACCAAAAAGUACUGAACCAAAAAGUUCCGAACCAAACAGUAUUAAGUCGAAAAGUUCUGAGACAAAAGGUUCUGAGACAAAAGGUUCUGAGACGAAAGGUUCCGAUCCCAAAAGUUUUGACCGUGAAAUUUCUGAUCCUAAAGAUUCUGAUCCUAGACAUGCCAUCAAAUAUAUAUCGCACCCUUCAGAAUUAUUUAACUCUUUGAAAUCUAUAUCGGCCUUCAAUAAAGAGGUAACAAAUAAGAAUACGAAUGGAGUUUCAUCUUUUCAUAAUAAUAAAACCGUUAGUGGAUCAAGGGAUACACGCACGAAAGAUCCAGUGAAACAUAUCAAAAAGACUGAUCCAAAUAACAAUAAAAAGGGCAAGCAAUCUGAAUCAAAACAUGAAGUGGUCGACAAAAUUCAUGUGAAAGAAGCGGCGCCAUCUAUCAACAUUGAUUCAUCUAAUGACAUACAACUAAAGGAAGAAAUGGAGACAAAUGGACAAGAAAUAAAACCACACUAUCCGCCCGAAGGAUUUCAACCAAGUUUCACGGAUCUUGCAGGAACUUCAAAAUUAGGAGCACUUUUUGAAAAAAUGAAACAAUUCGAUGAAAAAUUGAAUGUUUUAAAUAAGAAAGGAAGGUACAAUACUAAACAACUUUCUCAACGUGAUAGCGAUAAUAUUGAAUCUAGCAGUCUGCAUAAGGACAGGAUAACAGAACCUCAGAUUAAUACCACCAAGCUGAUCAGUUCUCCUAAAAAUGACGCAAACACUAAUAAAGAAAUUCAUAGCUCUCCAACUAAGGAAGAACAAACUAAGAAUAGCAUACAAGUAGUCAAACCACUAACAUCAAAUGAAAGUAAGAAUACUCUAUCCGAGCAUAAUGAUGUUUUGCCAACAACCACGCAAUGUCAGCAAAUGGGCAACCUAGGUAUUUAUGCUAAUUUGAACUCCUACCCGAUCAGUUAUAAUAAUAUAACUUCCAAUUCUCAUUUCGCUAAUAAUACCGGCGAUAGGAAUAAUUCGAGUACUUUGAAUAAUUUACUGCAAGUAACCGAAACUAAAAAUAUUUCUAAUGUGAACAGUCCAAUAAGUAAGAGUAAUAAUAGGGAUAUACCUAGUACUAUGAACAAUCUAAUGAGUAAAGCUAAUGAUAAUACUUCUGUUCCUGGUAAUUCAAUAAGUAAGAGCAAUGAUAGGGGUAUACCUAGUACUGUGAAUAAUACAAUGAGUAAAGCUAAUGAUAAUACUUCUGUUCCUAGUAAUUCAAUAAGUAAGAGCAAUGAUAGGGGUAUACCUAGUACUGUGAAUAAUACAAUGAGUAAAGCAGAUAAUAAAGGUAUUUUUAAUAAUUUGAGUAGCACAAUUUUUAAAGCUAGUGAGAAGAGUAUGUCUAAUAUGAACAAAGCGAUGGGUAAAAAUGACAUGGAUAUUUCCAAUGAUAUAAGUACUACAACGAAUAAGACCAAUGAUAACAGUAUCCAUAGUUAUUUGGGCAAUACAAUGGGUAAACCAAUUCACAACAAUAUUUCUCAAAAUAUGAACAAUGUAAUAGGUAAAGUCAAUUAUAAUGAUAUUCAUAACGACAAGCAUAUUGCAAUGAGUAAUCAUAAUCCAGGAAUACUGAGAAAGAUAAUUGGCGACACCGCCAGUAAAAUAUCUAGUUUGAAUGACAAAAUAUCAAAUAAUGAUAAUGUUGUACUGGCAAGCAUUAACGGGGCUAAAAAAAUUACAGGUACCAAUCAUAUUGAAGACAAAGUUUCCGAUCAAGGCAAAAGUAUAGGAUCAAGUAAUACUGGCCAACAUGCUGGCGUUAAAUAUCCAUAUGUUAAAUCUAAUGUUACAAAUGGACCUGAGAAAACUACGGAAUUCUUGAAAAGUAAAUAUCUGCCGCAUUCUACGCCCAAUGAUCAUCGUAUCCAGAAAAGAGUUCAAGAUGUUUAUUCCACUCCAUACGAUCCUUCUAAACUGACGAAUGAUAAGGUGAAUAACUUUGAUUUCAAGAAAAGAAACCUUGGUACAAAUCCCAGCCGUCCUGUUUCAAGCAGUGGUAAUAACAUAGAUACUGUUGUGUUUUCAGCUACGAAUGGCUAUACUAAUCCAAAGGGUUUUCCUAAUCAGGAAAAUUUUCAAUCUCUCAAUUUGCAAAGACUUGAAACUAGUCGACAAGACUCUAAUAUCGCUAGAGAUAAUAAUUCAAACUCAAAUUCAAACAACAAUAUUCGAACCGAUGGUCUAGUACCUCCAAUUACGAAAAAUACUACUAAUCAGUUACAUAGAGCCGAUACAACUAAUGAUUCAAAACUCAAGGAUCUUUUUCUGAGAGUUGAUUCAAAGUUGCAUAAUUCUGCCGAAACUAACACAUCAUCUCCAGAGAAGCUGAAAUCUCCAAGUACACCGACUAAAGUGAGUGCACCAGCUAAACUGGCAAAGAUUCACGGUAUUACCCUUACCAAUUCAAGUUUAUCACUAAAUGUGGCUGGUAGUUCUAGAUUUGCAGAGCGUAGAAAUAAGCACCCUGCGGAUUAUUCAAACGUAUCCUCAAUUGCUAAACAACCAAAUGAACAUGAGAGAAUUAAAUUACGUGCGGAAAGUAUUAAGUCUAAUCCAUUUAUUCUGGAUGUGCUGCCAUUGCAUGGUGGUGAAGCGUUGAGUAAAGAAGAUGCCAAAAAAGACGCUGAUGAUUCAACUAAGCAAAAGAAAUUGGGCCUGAACAAAAGAAAACACAAUAGAUCAUAUUCUAAUGUUUCAUCAUCAUCAUCAUCUGAUGAAAGCCCAAGUUCAGAGUCUGAAAAUAAUGAUUCGGACGUUGAGAAUAAACGGCCACGUCUUGCGGCUGCUGUUCCUUUGUCUACUUUUUCCCACCCAAAUGUAUUGCAUCAAAGCCAAACAAUAUUCUCUCCAGCCUCUAAGGAGAAAGAAUUACUUCAAACACGUAAGGAAGAUGGUUCCCAUCUCUAUGCUACCACAGUUUCUCAAGAAUCACCCCAAAAGACCCCUGAAACACCAAGCAGUUAUCAGGAUAAGGGUAAUAUUAAGAAACCAAUAUUAACUUCGUUAAGUGAUUUGGCUUUGCGUGGAGUUCCCGAUGUUGAAUCAACUUCCACGGUAGAUCCUGUGACAAAAGAUAUUAAGAAAAGCAAAGAUGAAACAACAGAUGGUGAAACUACAGAUGAAGUAGGCUCCUCGUCGUCUUCAUCAGCGACAGAUAGUGAUGAUUCAGAUAGUGAUCAAGACACUUCCGGAAAGUUUAUAAAUAUUAAAAAAUUGAAUAAAGGCAAACCCAAGAGGAAUAAAGGGGGGUUUUCUGCUCUUAUGAAGGACGCUAGAAAAUUUUGA